GAAUUAGUUGGAGGUGAAACUUUCAUUCGAAUAGACAUGUUCUUGUAAGUUUAAAUUGAACGUUAGUGCACCGAGUGUAUAGAAAAUGUAUUGAAAAAAGAUCGAUUUCGUGAAUAUACGAAAAAUCUGCGAAAAAAUAAACUUAAAAUAAAAUUGUAACUCGACUCGAACGCCAAAUUGUAACAAAAAAAUUUUUGGUAAAAAUGUUAUGAUCGUUCUCUUUUAUUGACAUUGACAAAGAAAUUGUGUACAAUUUUCUUAUUCUUGUUUCACUAUUGGUAUAGGUUAAAAUUAACCAGAAACAGGUUAUUGGUAUUUUUUAAAUUAAGGUUACAGAUGUGAAAUUAUUAUAAGAAAAAAAAAGUUUGCUUCUCUGCUCAUCUUCAUGUGAAUCAAUUGAUUGUUAGUAUCGUGGUUGAAGACAUUAAUUUAGCGGCACUAACAAUGUGGUAGACAAAUAAUUACAGUUCGAAUAUUAAGUGGUUUCAAUUUUUUUAAUGUUUGCGACAUUAUUACUGAUUGUUUAAACAUUUCGGACAUACAUUUGGAUGUUGAAGCCGUGAAUAAACGAAAAGAUAAAAUUUGUUUUAAAGAAAGUUAUAAUUAGGUGUUAUAUGUGACCUUAACACAGUUGGUGCUACAAUCAGUCGUUUUAAGUGUUAGAGAUCCAUCGAAAUGAAUCUUCUAUUGUUUAUCAGUGUACUCUGUGUGCCAUUUUUACCGUAUAUUUGGACCAGUUCUUCAUCCGAAUUAGCUGACUUUCAAUUCGAUGGUGAUAAUGACCGUGACGUUGAAAUAACAAAGAGUGAUGGAAUCGAUCGAAUAGACGUGAAUUGGGAAGAUAGAACCAGUGAUAGUGGCGCAUUUGAUGUCAAGGAACAACGUAUUCGUGAUUCGUUGGCUCAGGCUACCAAAGAUGUUACGUACAUGAAACAAUUUGCACAAAUUUUACCAAUAAUGAGAACAUUGACGAAACAGCAACGUCUGGUUCUUGCAUCGCUUAUAUCAGCACAGGCUAGCGGAAGGUCCAACGGGAAUGUGAUGAAUUUCGCGCAGGUCGAAGAAUUGUUCGGCGAUCGUAAGACACUGUUAUUACCAAUUAUUUUCGACAUUGCAAAUCUUGUACGAUCAGCGGGAACUUCAUCUCAAAAUACACAGGGCAAGAUGUACCAAGAACAUGAAGCAGUGCCGGAUCCACAAUACCUCAGACGUAGUUUUCGGGAAUCGCUGUCCGAAGCGACGAACAUCAAGAAUAAUCGAGUGAUAAACACAACUGAAAGUGAAAUAACUCAAUCGAAUAUCAAAGACGACCGACUUCAGAUUGAAGAAUCAAACGGUUCCAUCAAAACUUUAUUGCCACAAACACUCUCAAAAUUAAUGGAACAGAGCUCCGAUGCAAGGAAUUUCCACGAACGAAAAUUGAACAUGUCAAAUUUUCAAGGAAAAACGGACCAAAUUGCACUUGAAUCAAGGAUUCCUCUGAACAUAACGUUACCACGAUCUCUGUCAAAUAUUUCCCUCGAACAGUACGAACAUAUGGCUCUGAGCGAUUUAAAUGAUACUGUUGUGGAAAACGACGUCAGCAGAGGAAAUGGUACGGAAGAUUUGCCAACACCGGAAAUGUUGAUCAGUCGCUAUCGCGUGAAAAAUCCCUAUCGCAAAAAUACAAUAGUCCAUCCACAUACCGGUAUUGAUUUGAGAACAUGCGAGAGAUUUGGUACAUUAUGCUUGCGCGUGGAGGAUUAUCCAAUGCAGCAAAUUAUGGGAAGCAUUAGGCGACACAAACACGCCAUGUCCGCAUUGCUAGCUGAAUACAUAGAUAAAGAAGAAAUGGAGCAGCAGUAUUAUUUACAGGAAAUUGCAAACAACAAAAGACGCGAAGACGACGAAAUGCAACCGAGUGGUAUGUGUCCCAGUGUGAUACGUUAUGCACGACCACAAAAAGCACGAUCAGCAUCUGGGGAAUGGAAAUAUAUUGUCAACACCGGUCAGCAUACUCAAACAUUACGGUUGGAAAAAUGCGGUAAACCCGAAGAGUCCUGUACUUACUUAACUGAUAAUUUUCGAUCGAGGUGCGUUCAAAUCUACAAUUACCAUCGACUUCUCAGUUGGGAUAAUACCCGCGGACUUCACAUAGAUAUAUUCAAGGUCCCAACAUGUUGUUCGUGUCACAUUGAUGGUUAUCGGGAAAAAUUCCCACCAAUAAACUCUUACAACGCUGAUGCAGACAUUGAUGACUACCGCUUUUCAGCAUCAAAUAUUCAUACGCAAAACACUCACUAUUCAACAAUUGUAAGCGACGACAGUGAGGAUAAUAAUGGCGAUGACGGUGAUUCCAUAGCUUAUCAAUACUCGAAUGGUUUCAAGCGUUCACCGAGCAAAUACAAUAAAUAUGCUGACGAUUCAUUGCUACAGUCAAGCACAAGUAUUACCAAACCUCGAUAUGAGAAAACAAAAAAUUCUAAAAUUGCGCCCUACUUACCAAAUCCCACUUUAGAGUCCUAUUUAAGGCCACCAAGUGAUGAAUAUUCGGCUGCAGGUGGUACGUUUAAACGGGGUCCAUCUGGAAAACGUCGCCGUCCCAUUCGUACGAAUAUUCGUGAUCAAGUCGUCGGUAAUAGUGACUUUUUACCGGACAUUAUACCCGCACACGAUAUUUUAACCGAACGGUCGACGACUCGUCGAAAAUCUUCAACUACUCCACUAUUUACAACGACAACGAAUGAAUCAACGAAAAGGGUAUCAUCGGCUAGGCUACCCAGUAUAUCAACAGCAUCCACAUCGUCUGUGGAUCUGGGUAAACGUGUCAAUUACAAUUAUCAUCCGAUUAUUGAUUUCUUCGGCGAUUCUGUGAAAGGUGAUAAAGAAAUCGAUGAUCGUAUCGGAUAUUCGCAGGAUGAACCCAGUUGGAAGCCACUUCAAUUUAGACGAAGUGGAAGAGAUGAAUGAUAUGACAAAAAAAGAGAAGAAAAUUGACAUAAAUCUAGAGCCUAUGGUAGUGUUGUAGAGAACUAACAAAAAACGGCACAAUCAAACGAAGCUCUCUACUUUCACUAAAAUGUCUCUACACUCUACAGCGAAUCAUCUCAAAGUUGAAUUAAGUUUUACAUUAAUUAAUUUAUUUAUUUAUAAGUUUUUAAGAUAAUAAUGUAGUUGAUCAUAUGAAAAGAUUGCGGCUUGAGUGUGUGUGAAUUGAAUGUAAUAAAAGAUUUAAUUUAAAAA